AUGGCAGCGACGCUGGUGGGUGCGCCGCCCCAGUACGCGACGAACGACUGGGCUCAGAUAGGAAAUGAGCAGGGGAGGCCAGGCAAUGCUGGGCCCUCUGAAAAAACCCAGGGUUAUGAAGAAACCGAUCUCCAGGGCGAACUGACCGACGACGAAGACCUUUUUGACUGGGACAUUGACGAGGAAGACAACGGGCAGCCAAGCGAGGCAAAGGUGACGCGCAGGCGCAAGCCGCUGCGUAAGCUCGUGUAUGCAGUGACGCACACACCGCCUGUUGUGCGCAUGAGCAUCCUCGCCUUGUUCGGUGGCAUCAUCUGCAUCAUCCCGUUCAUUGUCACCUACACGCGCUUCCGCAACCAGCCGCACUUUAUCGAGGCGGAAAUAUGGAGCGUGUGGCUGACCAUCAUCUGGGUUACUUCCGUGGCGACCUUUUUGAUUUUUGGCUGGAUCCCGCGUGCGGCGCUCAAGAUCGCCGAGGUCGUCUUUGGCAGGGUGCCGGAUCUGUACAGCGACGUGGUGUCGAUCGUUGACGGCGUCCUCUUUUAUAUCAAGCUGGUUUUCUGCACGGUGUGGGCGUGGGUGAGUCUCAGAGGCACGAUCUCGGUGGUGCUCAAACUCUCGUCGCAGACCGCGGAGCCGGACUACUUUGGUACGAUCGCCAACAUUAUCAAGGCGCUCUUUGCGACGUCCAUCAUUGUGCUCGCGGAAAAGAUUGCGCUCAAGCUCAUUGCGCAGCACUUUCACAAGACCACGCUGCGCGACCGUCUGGAGCAGAACCGCCGUGCAUUCAAGGUGCUCACGAAACUCCAAGGCACCCGCAAGUGGCCGGGCAUUCUCAGUGCGAACCAGCUGCGCUCGCGCGCCGCGACCUUUACCGACAGCGCGCGCCGUACUUUUGGGCGCGCGAGCGGGGACACCUCGGCGCUGAACACGAACGGCAUUGGGACGCCCGCCGCGGAGAGCGCUGCCGAGGCGCUGCGCCAGCCGCGCAAGCAGACGUUUGUGACGCAGCUGCAGACUGCGCUCGCGUCUGCGGCGCGCAAGGCGCAGCUGUCAGACAUCAACAUGCCCGAGUCGUCGCUCGCGGCGCGCCGCCUGGCAAAAGAAAUCUUUGUGGCGAUUUCCAAGAAUGGCAGGACGAUUUCGCCGGACGACUUCUUUCCUUUCUUCAAGUCACAAAGCGACGCGUACGCCGCGUUUGGUAUCUUUGACGAGGACCGCAGUGGCGAGAUCUCGCGUGAAGAGAUGCGCUCGACGCUGCAGCGCAUCUUUGAGGACCGGACGAUGCUGAACAACAGCAUCCAGGAUAUGCGCAGCGCGUUCCGCAACCUCGACAUGGUUUUGCUCUUCAUCGCACUGAUCAUUGUCAUCUUUAUUUGGCUAGUGAUCUUCACCGGCGAGCAGACGAUUUCGAAUUUGCUGCCGCUGUCGACAAUCAUUGUGGGUUUCUCAUUCGUGUUCGGCAACUCGGCCAAGAACAUCUUUGAAAGUAUGAUCUUCAUCUUUUCUACGCACCCUUACGACGUGGGCGACUUGGUGUGCAUCAACGAUACGUGGAUGUUUGUCACGGCCUUUGGCAUGAUCUCCACCGAGUUCAUCACGGUGUGGAACCAGGUGACGAUCACCCCGAACGCCGUGCUCGCCCAGUCGACCAUCUUUAACGCGCGCCGCUCGGCGUCGCAGUAUGACAUUAUCAACGUGAACGUGGGCUUCGACACGCCAGUGAGCAAGCUCGACGAGUUCCGCGAAAAGCUCACCGAGUUCUGUGCCCAGAACGACAAGGACUGGGGCGGCGGUCUCUUCCUGCUGUACGACUCGGUGCGCAACAUGAACUGUAUCUCGCUCAUUAUCGCCGUCGAGCACAAGGGCAACUGGCAGGACUGGCUCGGCCGCUGGAUGCGCCGAACCAAGUUUAUGCGCUACAUGCGCGACAUCGCGCAGGAGCUCGGCUUGACGUACAACCCCCCGCAACAGCCGAUCUCGUUCAUCCCCGACCGCGCGAACCAAUGGAAGCCGACGAUGCGUUACGACAACGAAUUGCUGUCGACCUUGCAGGUGCCGCCGACCACGCAGGUGCCGCCUUCUGCAAUGGGACAGUAG